AUGCUUAAAUGUCCAUGUCAACGUUGUUGCCUUGUUAAAUACAAGUGUAGAGCUGACAUUGAAGGUGAUUUAAUGUGUCAUGGAUUUCUCGACACAUAUACGAAUUGGUUUCUACACGGGGAAGAGGUUGAGGGUCUCUCAGAUGUUGUUGGUUUAGCUCAAUCGGAAGCUGUUAGUUUAGAUCAGCCGGAAGCUGUAAGUUUAGAUCAGUCGGAUAGCUCAACCUUGAAUUUGCUUGCUGAAGUUUUUCCAAGUAUGGAUAUGAAUACGGGGCAACCUGAAUUUCCAGAAGCUGCUUCUACACCAAGUAUGGAUAUGGAUACGGGGCAAUAUGAAUUUCCAGAAGCUGGUUCUACACCAAGUAUGGAUACAGAUACAGAUGCUUUGAAACAGAAAAAGGCCUAUGAUGAGCUGCUGUCAGAUUGUAAUCAAGCUCUAUACGAAGGUUGUCAGUCAUUCAACAAGCUCUCGUUUAUGCUCAAGCUAUAUCACAUCAAGUGUAUUUCUAAAAUCAGUGACAAGGGUAUGUCUAUGGUUAUAGAUCUUUUGAAAGAAGCUUUUGAGUAUGCUAAAUUUCGAGAUUCGUUUAACGAUAUGAAGAAAACAAUUCGGAAGCUGGGGUUAAAAUAUAAGACGAUUCAUGCGUGUCCUAAUGACUGCAUGUUGUACUGGGGCGAAGACUCAUCUAAAGAGAAAUGCAAAGUUUGUGAAAAGUCAAGAUGGAAAGCAUCAGAAACAGUUGAUGCUGAUGAUGAAGCAUUAGAGAAGAAGAAGAAGAAGAGUAAGAAGCAACAAGCUGCCAAAAUCCUUCGAUAUUUUCCUCUUAAGCCUCGCUUGCAACGUUUGUUUCUUUCAUCACAUACUGCUGAACAUAUGCGGUGGCAUACCGAUUCUGAAAACAGAGAUGGAAAACUAAGACAUCCUCGAGAUGGAUUAGCUUGGAAGAGAUUCAACGAGCAGUUUCAUGAAUUUGCAUCGGAAGCAAGAAAUGUUAGGCUGGGUUUAGCAACUGAUGGUUUUAACCCUUAUGGUUCGAUGAGUUUAAGUUAUACUAUAUGGCCUGUGUUUUUAGUUCCUUAUAACUUACCUCCAUGGAUGUCUAUGAAGCAGACUUCAAUGAUCCUUUCAAUGAUCAUUCCUGGAAGACAUAUACCAGGAAAUGAUAUUGAUGUUUAUCUCCAGCCGCUUAUCCAAGAGUUAAAAGACUUGUGGUGUGAAGGUGUAUCAACUUUUGAUGUCUCAAAGAAUGAGGUCUUCUGUAUGCGUGCUGCUUUACUAUGGACCAUCAGUGAUUUUCCUGGAUUUGGUAAUUUGUCUGGUUGGAAUGUACAUACAGACUUGGCAUGCCCUUCUUGUAAUUUUGAUGCCACAGAGUUUCGUCUUCAGCAUGGAAAGAAAAACUGCUUCAUGGGACAUCGUCGCUUUCUUCCUCAAAACCAUAGGUUUAGGAAAGAUAAGCAACAGUUCAACGGACAUAUAGAGUCAAGACUUGCUCCAGUCACACCAUCAGGCUCCACUAUUCUUGAACAGAUUCAAAACAUUGAUGUUACUUUGGGAAAGAAAGUAGAUCCUAGUGGAAGAAAGAGAAGCCGAGUUGAAGUACAUCAGUGGAAGAAAAAGAGUAUAUUUUUUGAACUUCCAUAUUGGAAACACCUUCUCUUGCAGCAUAAUCUUGAUGUCAUGCAUAUAGAGAAGAAUGUAUUGGAUAAUGUAGUGUUUACUUUACUUGAUGAUAAAGGAAAAUCUAAAGAUAAUCUUAGUGCAAGAAAGGAUCUUCAAGAACUUGGUAUACGCUUUGAAUUGUGGCCUGAUGAGAGUGGUAGAUAUCUUCCUGCAUGUUUUACAAUGACAAACCGUGAGAAGGAUGUUUUUCUUAAUUGUUUGAAGAGUUUAAAGCUUCCUGAUGGAUAUUCUUCCAAUAUUUCCAACUGUGUUGAUCUGAAUCAAAGAAAGAUGCUUGGUCAUUUCAAAUCUUAUGUUAGAAACCGAGCAAGACCUGAGGGUUCCAUAUGUGAGCAGUAUAUUGCUGAAGAGUGUUUAAAUUUAAGCUCAAUGUAUCUUCAUGGGAUUGAAACAAGGUUUAACCGAGUUGGUAGAGUGGAUGAUCGACCGAUGGUUGAGCAUAGCUUAGGUUCAAGUUCACAAAUUCCAUUGAUUUUUCCAUCAAUUGGGAGAUUUGUUGGUGCUUCUAGGUCCGAUACUCUAAGCCAUUUAGAGUGGCAACAAGCACACCGAUAUAUCUUAUUCAAUUGUCCUUUCUUGGAUCCAUAUCGGGAGAUGUUCAAAAAUGAGUUAAGAAGAUCACAAUUAAGACGUCGAAAGAGAAGUCAUGUUAUAGAUAUUGAUCGACAUGUGCAUCUGCAUUUUGGUAAAUGGUUGAAAGAAAGGAUUGAGAAAAAUGAAAUGAGUGGUGUAUCUAGUGAUAUUCGUUGUCUUGCUCUUGGUCCAUCUGAUAAAGUGUUAAAGUUUUCUGCAUUUAAUAUCAAUGGAUUCAAAUUCAGAACAUUGGAAAGAGAUCAAGACUUGAAAACUCAGAAUAGUGGAGUGUUUGUCUCGGCUGAGACUAUGAGUUAUGCUAGUUCAAGUGAUCUUAAUCCAAGAGCUGGAGAUGUUUCUUAUUAUGGGAAAGUAGUUGAGAUUAUUGAAUUGAACUAUUAUGACUGUUUUAGAGUCGUAUUGUUCAAAUGCAAAUGGGCAGAUACUUGUGAUUCACGAGGGUAUAAAAAGGAUAGUUUUGGUUAUGAGGCUGUAAACUUUUCUCGGCAAAUUCAUAGUGGAGAUGGUGAGGAAGAUGAACCACAUGUGCUGGCUUCUCAAGUAAAAUUGGUUUUCUGUGUUGAUGAUCCUCAAGAAAAAGGAUGGAGUGUGGUAGUAAAGGUCCAGCCAAGAGAUUUAUAUGAUAUGGGCGCUCUUGAUGCUCCAAAUGUUAUGAUUGAAGAUUCUAUUCAUAGUUCCAUGAUGAACUCUGAGAAUAUAUCUAAUAUUACUUUAGUAAGACAAAUUGAGGAUUCUGAUUUAGAUACUCAAGAGGAAGAAGAAAGUGGUGUUGAACCAAGUCGAGCAGAAAUCUUCAUUGCAUCACGUACAAGGAAAGAUGGCAGUAUGGACAAACUUAAGGAAGUUAUGAAUCAGAAACUUCCAGGCGAAACAUCCUUGAAGAAUGAUGCUAUUGCUCAAGUUUUUGGUCCAGAGCAUUCAGGACGAGUUCGUUUAUUAGGUCGUGGUGUAACCCCAUCUGAGUACUUUUCAAGUUUGGACUCUACAUCAUCAAUUAAUGUAGAAUUAGUUGAGAUUAAGUCAACAGUGAAGAAUCUGGCAGAUAAAGUUGAUAUUGUUGCUAGUGCUCUCAAGCUUAUAUUGGAUCCACAUGCAGCCAAUUCAAGGUAA